AUGCCCCGCUAUUGCGCGGCGGUGCGUUGCCAGAACCGUCGAGAACGGAACAAUACAAACCGGAAGCUGAGUUUUUACCCGUUUCUUCUACACGACAAAGAAAGACUUAAAAAAUGGUUAAGGAAAAUGAACCAUGAUUCCUGGGUUCCUAGUAAAUACCAAUUCCUUUGCAGUGACCAUUUUACUCCUAAUUCUCUUGAUAUCAGAUGGGGUAUUCGAUAUCUGAAACAAACUGCAGUUCCAACAAUAUUUUCUUUGCCUGAGGACAACCAGGAGAAAAACCCUUCAAGAAGAUCUCCAAGGGAAAAGUUGGAAAAUGAGAAAGAAAUGUAAGAGAAAUCCUUUGCAUCAGAUGAGCCAAAGAAAAAAACAGGUAACACAGGUAUCCCUCCUGAAGCUGCAAAAUUAAAUGAUUCAUCUUUUCUGAUGAAGUCACCACCUCAAAAAUCAGGAACUAUACAAAAUGACCUAUUAACUCUGGUUCAACAAGAUGCCAGAAAGCCAGAAUCUACCAUGGAAACAUCAAGCAAGACAUUAUUAAAGAUAGUUUUCACACAUCUUUUGAGAAUGACUAUUACUUUGACGACUUCAAAUUUAGAAGGUAUUCAACAGCCACUGGAAACUCAAAAAGUUCUUGAAAUAACUACUAAUCAUCUUGCUAAUUCCAAUUUUACAAAUAGUUUCAUGGAAAUUAAGUCAGCACAGGAUAAUCCAUUCUUAAUCAGCACAAACUCAACUGUUGAAGAGUUAAAUACAAAUAUAAAUAUUGCCAUUUUUAUACCCACAGAAAAUUCGAAACCAGCAAUUAACUCUUUUAUGCCUUCCCCGAAAGAAACUGUGGAGAUGGAAGACACAGACAGUGAAACCUCCUCAUGUGAGGAUACAGACUACAAGACAGAAGUUUUACAUAUUGAACAUUCUUAUUGCAGACAAGACAUAAAUACGGAGCAUCUUUGGCAGAAACUUUCUAAACUACAUUCAAAAAUAAAUCUUCUUGACCUCCAAGAGCAGCAAAGUCUAGGAAGAUUGAAAUCUUUAGAAUCUCUAGUAAGGCAGCUACAACAGGAAAAGCGGCUAUCUGAAGAAAAUGUCAACACUAUAGAAAACCAUUUCACAACAUUUGAAGUUACUAUGAUGUAA